AUGUCAAUUCAUACCUCAAAAAAAGAAAAUCGAUUUCUUUUUACCUCAGAAUCUGUUGCUGAAGGACAUUCUGAUAAGAUGUGUGAUCAGAUAAGUGAUGCUAUUCUCGAUGCUCAUCUCAGUAUUGAUCCAGAUGCCAAGGUUGCCUGUGAGUGUGUAGCAAAAACUGGAAUGAUUUUGCUUUGUGGAGAGAUCACAUCCCAGGCUAUAGUAGAUUACCAACAAAUUGUAAGAGAGACCCUUAAGACAAUAGGGUAUGAUGACUCUUCUAAAGGACUGGACUAUAAGACUUGCACAGUUUUAGUGGCCUUAGAACAACAGUGUAAAGAGAUCAAGCAUGCUGUCUCCCAUGGCAAGAGUGAUGAUGACAUUGGAGCAGGGGAUCAGGGUUUGAUGUUUGGCUAUGCCACGGAUGAAACUGAGGAAUGUAUGCCCUUAACAGUCCUCCUGGCACACAGACUGACUGCACGCAUAAAGGCUCUGGAACGGAACGGAACAUGGCCCUGGGUUAGACCAGAUGGGAAAACACAGGUCACAAUGGAAUACAAAGAGAGUAAUGGUGCAGUGGAGCCCAUGCGAGUGCACACACUUGUGAUUUCAGUACAUCAUGCCCCAGACAUACCUCUAAAACAAAUACAGAAGGAACUAAUGGAGAAAGUUGUUAAAGAAGUCAUUCCAGAGAAGUAUCUUGAUGAGGGGACAAUUUAUCAUCUCCUUCCAAGUGAAAAGUUUGUAGAAGGUGGUCCUAAGAGUGAUGCUGGACUGACUGGCAGGAAGAUCAUUGUUGACACUUAUGGAGGCUGGGGAGCCCAUGGUGGAGGUGCAUUCUCUGGAAAAGAUCCCUCCAAAGUUGAUCGUUCUGCAGCAUAUGCAGCUCGCUGGAUUGCAAAAUCUCUGGUGAAAGCUGGUCUCUGUAAAAGAGUAUUAAUCCAGCUAUCAUAUGCUAUCGGUCUGAGUCAUCCUCUUGCGAUAUCAGUGUUUCAUUACGGAACAUCAGACAGAUCUGAAGAAGAACUGCUUGAAAUUGUGCAGAAAAACUUUGAUCUACGCCUUGGAGCUAUUAUAAGGGAGCUGGAUUUGAAGAGGCCAAUCUAUCAAAAAACAGCAUGCUAUGGGCACUUUGGGAGAGAAGAAUUUACGUGGGAAAUACCCAAAAAGCUUGUGUAUUAA